AAUGUUUCCAACUAAUCAUAAAACAAUAUUUGUCUUAGAUCACACUCCUUAUUUUGGAAUUUCUUCGGAUUUUCCGAUAGAAUUCGAUGUUUCCAAAAGUCGAGGACCAGGAUAUGUUCCUUUACCGCCGGUUUGUAAAUCUUUAUGGACGUGCAGUGUAGAAGCGGCUGUCGAAUAUUGCAGGAUUGUGUGGGACUUAUUUCCAGAAGGAAAAUUGAUCCGGUUUGUUGUUAGUGAUUCAGCAGCACAUUUACUAAACACUUGGGCUGUAGCACAACAAAAUUUGACACAUAUUCUAAAUGGACUUAGUCUGGUUGGUCCGGUGAGACGCGGAGCAGGCGGUGAUGUUGUGGGACUGUGUGCAGCCAUAGAAGCACUGGGGGAACCCUCACCUACUCAGUCUUCACGACCCACUACCGAGAGACUAUUCCAAAAUCGAGGCCGCAUUAUCUGCAUUACAAGUGCAAGGGAUGAUGACUCAAUAAGGAGCUUGGCAGAGAUAGCACUCAAUGCCUUAGUGCAACAAAACAAAAAGUUGUCUAUGGUCCCACCCACUACUAGUGCUGAUGCCGAUAAUACACAAUCCUUGGUCGUUCACUAUUGUCAUUUGGUUAUAGUGAAUGUUACACCGGAAAAGAUUGAAACAAGAGUUAACAAUCAACCACUUACAGAGAUGGGCGGUGGCCUGAUGGGUGUGGAGGUGAUAGUCUCAAGAGCAAGCGCACUAGCCAACUUGCUCGGCCGUUUAGUGUUGCCACACUAUAAGCUGGCAACAACCACUGUUACUGGCAUCCCAAUGAAGGAAGAACAAAACGCGAGUUCAAGUGCUAACUACGAUGUGGAGAUCAUUCACUCCUCGGAGGCGCACGCGGGCUUGCGGGCGGCGCAGACGGCGGCCGAGGCACUCGAAUCUGUGGUACUGCGGUGGUGGACCCCGCGCGGUGCGGAGGGCGGGGCGAGCGGGUGUAGCGGGCCGCUGUGGCGCGUCACUCCCGCCGACGUCGCGUCACGCCCCUCCGCGUGUCUCGUCAACUUCCUGCUCAAUGGACGCUCCGUCACGCUGGAGGUGCCGCGGAAGGGCGGAGGGAGGUCGGCAUCUCACGUGCUGGCGGCGCAGGGUGGGGAGCUGUGGAUUGGCGCGUUGGGCGGCCGCAUGCCAUACGAUGACCCGCCCGCGCUCUCUGAAGGCGCUGGAGGACGUGUCACUGAUUACAGGAUAAAAGAGUUCGGUAGCGUGAUGCAGCAGAACAAGCUGUUACCGCUGCGAGGUGCGGGCGCUAAUGGCCGCGCUCGCGCUCGUCUGCAGCGACACACUACAUAUUGGCCGCUCACCAUCUCUUCCACUAUCAUAUUUAACUUAGGCCCUGUGGUGGAGCCGCUGAGCCGGCUGGUGGUGCAGGAGACGCUGUCGGAGGCGGAGGUGGAGGCGUGUCGCGGUGUGCUGCUGUCGCUGCUGGGUAUGGAGUCACGCCACGAGUCGCCCGCCGCGCCCCUGCCUUCUAACGUGCGUGUGAAGUGGUGUGGUCGUCGCGAGGACCAGUGGAGGCAGGUGUGGGGGGAGCUGGAGGCGCUGGUGCGCGCACACGCAGCCUCGCCCGCACACCGCGCUCUGCUCCGCACGCUGCUGGAGUGCCGCGGACACAACCACAGUGCAGACGGUGAGUCGAGGGCGUCAGUGAUACGUGCGACUACAGACUCCCCGCUGUCGCCUGUGGGCGCGGGUGGGGGCGGGGGUGGGGGAGCGGCGGGGAGCAGCGCGGGGGCGGGCGACGUGUGGGCGCCGCGCAAUGCACUAGAGGCCCUGCUGGGCGCGCCCCGCCCUCCCCGGCGCCCAGACUUCGCGGGCCGCAUGGCAGCAGGCAACAGAGUUGCCACAUUAUACUCUCACUUGCAAGAUGUCGAAGCACAACAUUAG